AUGUCCCAUUACAGAGAUCUUUGGCCGUUUCUGAUUGGCCAGAUGAACUAUGAUGACCCGCCUGAAUGUCUGAACACCAGCCAAUGUCGGGAGGUCAUCAUCAACGCUCAGGUGAGGAGAUUCUUUCCUCUGACCUUAAUUCAGGUCCCCCUGGAAUGGGCAUUGCCUUUAUAUGGCUAUGCCAUGCCCUUUAUUGUGGCCCUGACCUUGUUGACCAAUAGUUUCAUCGUCCUCGUUCUCUCCCAGCGAUAUCUCCGAACUCCAACCAAUUAUGUUCUUCUUGCCAUGGCAGUUACAGAGCUACUGACUGGAUUAUCCUGUUUGCCAUGGCUCUUAUAUUAUUAUACAUUCAACGGUAGAGUUGUCGUAUAUUAAUCAUCAGAUUCCAGGUUAUCGAACUGAUAUUCAGUACGGGUUAUCACAGUUGUGGUGCUUUUCCUUUCCUUACAUGGCCACAAUUUGCCCUUCAAUCUUCCAUACUGCCGCUAUUUGGUUAACAGUCUAUCUUGCUGCUCAACGUUAUAUUUAUAUCUGCAUGCCAAAAAUGGUCAGAAAUCAUUGUACCAUCCAUCGGAGUAAACAAGUAGGUCAAGUUACUUGGGGAUUCCAUUUUUCCGCCUUUUUUACUUUAACAACGAUUUUGUCUCAGGCUAUUGUUGCGAUCUGUGUAUGUUCACUAUCGAUCUAUGCCCCCGAGUUCUUCGCCACAUACAAUGGCUCUUACACAUUGUAUAAUCCAAAGUUUAAUGGCAAGUUAUGACGUCAUUUUUUCUAUAAUUUUGAUUGCGAUAUGUUUUUAGCCAGCAGACGAAUCUGUCUGCGGAUUCGAACGAAAUUUAUCCAGACAGUGGGGAAUGAUAUCUACUACUAUUCUCUCUACGGUCUGCACACCUUGCUGUCUCACACUUUACCGUGUAUUUUAUUAGUUUGCUUCACAUGGAAAUUGAUCUCAGCGAUAAGUGUGGCUGACAGAAGACAUGCCUUCUUAGUGGCCCGGUCAGUUUUAUUUAUUUAUUUUUUUGAACUGAUGGAUCAGUAUUCGAACUCUUAUUGGCCUCAUUUCAGAACAGCGACCCGGAAAUACACGAUCGAAUCGAGUGAAACUCUCGAAUUGGACCCGGAAAAAAGAAAAGGCUUCAAACUUAAAAGUCGAGAGAGUUUCAGUGAAUCGAAGAGACUUCAGGGACUGAAACAAGUAAAAGUUACAAUCAAAUCACAGUAUUAUAAUUGUAGAAUACUCGGAUGUUGAUCGCCGUCAUCAUCUUGUUCCUGGUCACCGAAAUCCCAGCUGCUCUCAUCUUCUCAGUGCAUGUCAGUGCCGUCGCGUUUCAGAUAAACUUCAUCCAACGACAUUAUAACAUCCUAAACAAACUUCUGAUAAUCCGGUAUGUUAUUUAUUUUCUUAAAAACUUGAUGAAACUUCUUUCAGGAAUGUCUUAAUUGUAAUGUCAUAUCCCUUUCGAUUCGCCAUCUAUUGUGGAAUGUCUCAACAAUUCCGAGAAGUUGUUCGUAUCCUUCUGACCCAUCGAAUCUUCUUUCCAUGCAGUAAACGUGCCCACGAGAUCCUUCGAAGUAUGCAUCAUGGACCCCAUGCUCGUCUCCUGCAAAACAAUCUUCCCGGUGGCACAAACACCCUCAACGAGCCGACCCAAUUCAGCGAUGACAGAAAGUACAGCGCUUGCGAGUUCUAAUCUUUCGAAAUAACAACAUCUUCACUCUGCGUGCCGUCCCUAUAUUCUUCUUCCACUUUCACUUUACUCUUUCCGUUCUCUGUGUGCUAUAAUAUACUGCUGUGAUAUGAUGGUUACCUCCUUCCAGAUACCCCUACGAUCUUCAGUUGGAAGAAUGGAACCAGAGUCGUAUGGCCUCUCCUCGCUCUUCCUUCUUGAAUGUCCAGUCUGAAGUCCUCAUGAAAGUCAUCCAGACAACCACACCUCGCUUUCUGCUCAACGGUUCUGAUUGA